UUCUCUCUCUCUCCUCUAAUGUGUUGGCCAGCACACUCUCUGUCUGUCUGUCUCUCUCUCUGUCCUUGCCUCUCCUUGUCCUGUCUCCUUUCGUAGGACAUGGGCAGGUGUGGUAGCUGUGCGUCCCCACAGGCUAGGUUUUGGGAGCGAUGAACAAGUAGGAGGGGACCAAAAUCACACAGGGUGGUGGGCGCUAGAGUGCAGCGGUGACUGUGGGUGUUGACUGAGUCUCUGCUCUAGUGGGGCUGAUGUGGAUGGCAUGGGACAGGGAGGUAGGGAUGAGGGCAAGAUUUCAUGCACCAGUUGAAUUUUGUGUAGUGAUGGCUUUUUCUUGGGUUACUUACUGCGUUUGCAGAGGAAUCAUCCAGGAGCAGCAGCCGGAGGAGAAAUUGGCAGAAGUGGACCUGAGCCGCCUGGAAAUCCUCUUAAGUGGAGAUCAACAGUCCUCCGCUUUCUGCCUCCCACAUAACUGCCUUACCAAGGGAAAAGAAGUCACUUGUCAGUGUCUACUGCCUUCAUGUCAUGGAAAGCGAGCGAGAACAAUGGGACCUCAAGAACUACUGAUGCCAAGGAAAAGCUGUCCUACUGGGAGUGGAACAGUCGCCACUCUCAAUGAGAUAACUGUCUGUUUUGGUGAUUGCUCUGCUCACGGCCCACCUUGCUCCUGGUGCGCUUGCACAGGAAUUGUUCUUCAGGAGCCCCAGCCCGGGGAGAAACUGGCAGAAGUGGACGUGAGCAGCCUGGACAUCCUUCUGAAGAGACAUGAACAGUCCUCAGCUUUCUCUCUCCUGCAUAACUACACUUCACAACUUUUAGGGGCACGGCUAAAGCCCAAGAUAAAUGCAGGGUAG